UCUUGUUUUGAAAUUUAUGGUAUUUGAUGUGGUGGGAGUAGCUCAAGUGGAGCAGACUAAUGCAUUUGAGGAUCCUCAAAAGAUGAAAUUCACUUGGACAAUUGAGAACUUUACUAGGUUGGACAACAAGAACCACUACUCUGACAUCUUCGUUGUUGGCGGCUUUAAAUGGCGGAUAAUAAUGUUUCCCAAGGGAAACCAAGUGGACGCGUUAUCAAUGUAUUUGGAUGCAGCAGAUUCUGGGACAUUGCCAUAUGGGUGGAGAAGAUUUGCGCACUUUAGCUUGGCUGUAGUUAAUCAGAUCGAUACCAAGUACUCAGUAGAAAAGGACACACAACACCAGUUCAAUGCAAGAGAAAGUGACUGGGGAUUCACUUCAUUCAUGCCUCUUGGUGAUCUUUAUGACCCAAGUAGGGGAUAUCUGGUGAGCGAUACAGUUGUGGUUGAAGCGAAAGUUACUGUCCGUAAGGUUCUUAACUACCAGUCAUAUGACUCAAAAAAGGAAACUGGUUAUGUUGGGCUUGAGAAUCAGCGGCAAAGUGGUUAUAUGAAUUCUCUACUCCAGACGUUUUACCAUAUACCAUACUUUAGAAAGGCUGUUCAUCAUAUGCCAACAACUGAGAAUGACAUGCCUUCAGGAAGCAUCCCUUUGACACUAAAACGUUUAUUCUAUAAGCUUCAAUACAGUGACAGCAUUGUUUCAACUAAAGAAUUGACCAAGUCUUUUGGGUGGGAUACACAUUAUUUGUUUAUGAAACAUGACGUCCAUGAAUUUAAUAAAUUUCUUAGUCAAAAGCUUGAAGAUAAAAUGAAGGGAACUGUUGUGGAGGGUACAAUACUGCAGUUAUUUGAAGGACAUUACAUGAACUACACUGACUGCAUCAAUGUGCACUACAAAUCUGAAAGAAAAGAGUCAUUUUAUGACCUCCAGCUUGAUGUCAAAGGCUGUCGGGAUGUCUAUGAUUCUUUCGAUAAGUAUGUGACAGUUGAACAUCUUGAGGGUGACAAUAAAUACCGUGCGGGACAAUAUGGUUUGCAGGUUGCUAAGAAGGGUGUUCUGUUUAUUGACUUCCCUCCUGUUCUUCAACUUCAGCUAAAGCGAUUUGAGUAUGAUUUUGUGCGGGACACUGUGGUUAAGGUAAAUGAUCGCUAUGAAUUUCCUAUUCAACUUGACCUUGAUAGGGAGAAUGGAAUGUACCUAUCACCUGAAUCAGAUAGGAGUGUCCGCAACCUCUACACUCUUCAUAGUGUCUUGGUUCAUAUUGGUGGGGCGCAUGAUGGACGUUACUGUGCUUUCAUAAGGCCAACCCUCUCUGACCAGUGGUACAAGUUUGACAAUGAACGUGUGACGAAAGAGGAUGUGAAAAGGGCUUUAGAAGAGCAGUAUGGUGGUGAGAAAGAGUUACCACGGACCAAUUCUCACUUUAAUCGUACUUCCUUCAGCCUUACAAAAUACUCAAAUGCAUACAUGCUUGUGUAUAUACGGGAAAGUGAUAAGGAGAAAAUAAUGUGUAACGUGGAUGAGAAAGACAUAGCCGAACAUCUAAGGAUAAGGUCGAAGAAAGGACAAGAAAAGAAAGAGGUUGAAAGAUGUAAUGCACAAGCACACCUCUACACUACUAUUAAGGUUGCUCGAGAUAAGGACCUGGCAGAACAAAUUGGAAGGGAUAUAUAUUUUGACCUUGUUGAUCAUGACAAAGUUCGUAAAUUCCGUAUUCACAAACAAAUGCCCUUUAAUCUUUUCAAGGAGGAGGUUGCAAAAGAGUUUGGCAUACCAGUGCAGUUUCAGCGUCUCUGGAUUUGGGCCAAGAGACAAAACCACACAUAUCGCCCCAGUCGACCAUUGACACCUCAGGAAGAAUCGCAAUCAGUUGGACAAUGUAGCAAGGUAUCAAAUAACAUGCUAGAGUUGUUUUUGGAAGUAGAGUUUGGGCCGAAUCUACAUCCUAUUCCUCCUCCUGAAAAAACCAACGAAGAUAUCCUGCUUUUUUUUAAGCUUUAUGAUCCUGAGAAACAAGAAAUACGUUUUGUUGGCAGGCUUUUUGUGAAGAAAUCUUCACAGCCAGUAGAUAUUUUAGCAAAGUUGAAUCAAUUUGCUGGUUUUCCCCUUGAUGAAGAACUUGAAAUUUAUGAGGAAGUAAAAUUUGAGCCUGUUGUCAUGUGCUAUCGCAUUGUUAAGAUGUCCUCGUUUCAGUCGAACCUGAUUGGAGAUGGGGACAUUAUAUGCUUUCAGAAAUCUACUCCGCUUGAAAUGGCCAUAUACCCUGAUGUUCCUUCAUUUUUGAACUAUGUGCACAAUCGCCGGCUUGUUCAUUUCCAUACUUUGGAGAAACCGAUGGAGGAGGGUUUUUGUUUAGAAUUGUCAAAGCUACACACUUACGAUGAUGUGGUGGAGAAAUUAGCUCACCACAUUGGUUUGGAAAGUCCCACCAAAAUCAGACUCACUGCACAUAACUGCUAUUCUCAACAACCUAUGCCCCAACCAAUAAAAUAUCAGGGAGUAGAGCAUUUAACAGAAAUGUUAACUCAUUACAACCAAAGCUCUGAUAUUUUGUACUAUGAAGUCUUGGACAUUCCCCUGCCAGAAUUGGAAGGGCUAGGCCUAAAAACUCUAAAAAUUGCUUUUCAUCAUGCUACAAAAGAUGAGGUGGGGAUUUACAGUAUUAUAUUGCCCAAACAGAGCACUGUUGGGGAUGUGAUUAAUGUACUUAAAACGAAGGUAGAGCUGUCUCAUCCAAAUGCAGAACUCCGACUGCUUGAGGUUUUCGAUCACAAGAUCUACAAGAUCUUCUCAAACAGUGAGAAAUUUGAGAAUAUUAAUGACCAGUACUGGACUAUUCGUGGAGAGGAGAUUCCAGAAGAAGAGAAAAACUUGGGUCUCGAUGAUAUCUUGAUUCAUGUUUACCACUUCACGAAAGUCACUGUAUUGAACCAGACGGUAGAACAAGUAAAAAAUUUUGGGAAACCCUUCGUCUUGGUCAUCCAUGGAGGGGAAACUUUAGCUGAAGUUAAAAUAAGGAUACAAAAUAAAUUGCAAGUCCCGGAUGAGGAGUUCUCAAAGUGGAAGUUUGCAUUCUUGUCACUUGGUCGUCCAGAGUACCUGCGGGAUUCUGACAUUGUUUCCAGCCGAUUUCAGAGAAGAGAUGUUUAUGGUGCAUGGGAGCAGUACCUUGGGUUGGAGCACUCUGAUAAAGCUCCUAAGAGGGCUCACGCAGCAAAUCAAGAUGCCCAAGAAACCUUAGAGUCCAUGGCGUCUAAUGUCGGCAAUGUUACAGCUAGCAGAGAAAUGCAAAAUGGUGACCUGGAUGGCCCUGCUUCUCCAGCAGUUGAUCGAACUCUGAGAAGACUUUCUGCUGCAGAGGAUCUAUUGAAGUCCACUUCAGCCAGAGAACCAUCAGUAGAGACUUUGGCUGCAUUAGACACUGUGAGCCGCUAUGCAAGGAGCAGCCUAGACACUCUCAGCACGAAUGGGGCAUAUGAGGAGUUCAAAGCAGCCGUGAAACUCUUGACUGAACAAGGGAUGAUCCAUUCAACGAUCACUUCCAUGCUCAAGGAUCUUCUUUCGUCUUUGGAGGGUGAAAUGCCGAAGUAUGUGGCUGCAGUAAAAGAGCUUGCCCAAGCUGAAAAUUUUGCAGUCGAACACGAAGAUAUAAAAGUUAAAAUGGGACUGGCCAUGCAGACAUGCCAAGAGAGAAAAGACAUUGUGGCCAAUUAUGAUGCCAAGGUUACAGAACUUGAGGCUGAACUGGCGCGAGUCAAUGCCCAACUGGCGCAAGUAAAGACGGAACGAACUGAGGCAAUGGCGAAUCUAGAAACUGCCGUGGAUGAAAUGGAACCUCAUAAGCAGAGGUUUGCAGACAGCUCUUUAAAAUCUGAAAACUUGAUCGUGAGGCAGGCUACCUUGACAUUACAAAAUUGUGGCUCUGUUGGAAUCUGGGCCGUCCUACAAGAUGUGCUGAAGAAGUACUUUAAGUUUUAGAAAUAUUUGCUUUUGUGAAUAAACCCAUUCGUGGCUCAAAAAUUUGUAUGAACACGCAAAGAAGUGAACAAGUCGUGCAAAAUUCAGCUAGCUUGUUUCGUUACAUUGCUCGAGUUUGAGUGGGAAGCAAGGUGAUUGUGCUGAUGGGUAUUUUCGUUUACGCUCCUACCCCUCGUUUGGUA